UCAAUAAAAUAUUGAGAUUGAUAUUGAGAUUGAGAUUGAGAUUUUCUGGUGAUAGUCCGUGUCGUGCACCACGCCCAAAUAUAAACUCGUAUACUCUAAGUAACUAUAACUAUAAUUAUACUCUAUAUCAUAAAUACCUCAGAUACAUUAUAUAUAAUUAUCAUAAUUGCUAGGAUGCCUCCCCAGCUUCCUACCCAAGUGGCCAAUUGGCUUUAUAACGUAUUACAGCCUCAGUAUGUCCAUAAAGAAUGGGCUUAUAAACAUAUCUAUCAAUUACUACAAGUCCAUUUGAAGCAGAAUUUUAAUUUUAAAAUAAGAACAAAUGUCUAUACAUCUACUGAUAGUGGUCAUUCUGCAUUACUAAUUAAUCUUUAUGGAUCUAUCCCUAUCAAUUCUGAAUUAGAAGUACCUAUUGAAAUAUGGGUACCAUUAAAUUAUCCAUUUAUUGAUCCAAGACUAUCACCAUCUCAAAUAAAUAAUGGAAUUCCCUUGGUAUAUAUUGUACCAGACCAUUCCAAACUGUUGUAUUUGAAACCAGGAAACCAUGUAGAUUCUCAAGGUAGGUUUUAUCAUCCUUAUUUGGCCAAUUGGCAACGUGAUGUCACAUUCGAUCAAUCUCAAUAUAAUCAGGAAUUAUUGGAUCAGUAUAAUUUACUUGGCUUACUUAAUAUUAUCCAUCAGGCUAUCUUAGCAGAUCCUCCAAUCAGUAUCAGACCAAUUGGUAUCGAUGGUCCACCUCCAGUUCCUGCUAAAAUCAAUUUGAAUGGAUCUCAAACGAGUUUACCUUCACAGGCAACUGGACCAAUACCACCACCACCUACACCACCAGCUGCUGCUUUGCCUCAACAAGUAACUGGAUUACCCCCUCAAUCUACAGGUCCUCCAUUACCUGCUAAACCUCCCAAAGAACCAAUGCAGUCUAUUCCUUUGAAAUAUCAAGCUCCAUUACCUUUACCAGAUCAAGGCGCCACACCAAUACAAACCCCACCUCCACCUCCUCCUCCACCUCAAGUACCUACACCUAUUCAGGCACCAGCUCAAUUUAUUCAACCCCAUCAACAACCAUAUCAACAAUACUCUCAACCAGCAGCUCCAACAGCCAUAUCUCCACAAGCUAUCCCAAUCCGACAAAUAACCCACCAACAAUUCGAAAGACAUCAUCCUAUCCAAUAUUCUUCUCCCUUACCAGCCCAACAGUAUCCCGUACAACUGGGAUAUUAUUCCAAUGUCUCAUCACCCACACCAACACCUCAGUCCACCAGUAAUCUGAUUCUGGUCCUUGACUUAAUAGAUGAUGAUCAACAACAGGAUGGUAAUGUGGUACAAUCCUCACUUCAUCGACAAUUAUUAGAGCAAUUAUCAAGUAAAUUCAAUGCAUGCUUGGAUCAGGAUCCAAUAAAUACCGAGCUAGCCUCUGUUAAUCUCAAUAUUGAAAAGGUGGAUGCAUUAUAUAAUCAGUUAAAUCAUCAUUUUCAACAAGCUAAUGGAAAUCUGAAUAAUUUAGAUGAACAUUUGAACUAUUUGACUCAACAAUUGACAGUAUUAUCAUCACUUAAUCAAGAAUUAUCAUCAUUAGAAGCUCUUAAUACUCAACAUACAGAUAAAGUUUGGCUUAGUCAAAAUAAUUCCAUUGAUCUAGAUGAUCUUAUUAUACCAGAUUCACCAUUAGUUAAACAAUUAUAUGAUACAGUAGCGGAAAUCAAAAGUAUUAAAGAUACUAUCAAUCUCAUUAGUGGUAACUUCCAUCAAGGACCAGAAUUCAUUAAUAAUAAUAGUACGGAUCUCUGUGUAAAGACAGUGCGAAACCUCGGCCGAGAACUCUUCUGGCUCGAAUUAACCAAACAUGAAAUAGCCACCAACAUUAUGGGCUUAUCCCAUCAUUAAACAGUAAAUGUAUACAUAUAAAAAUAUAUAUGAUUGCAAAAUAAAAAAAG